AUGAAUGCAUCAUAUCUAUACUGGCGGUGCCUAAUCUUCCGAACCACGUGUAUAGGAGUCCAGCCUGUCCAGGCUACUCCCUUUUACCCUUCAAUUGUUCCUGCAUUAGCGUGCCGAGUGUUGCCGUGCUUGGUGAAACAAACAAACAACCUGUCGCGUAAAGUAAGCAGUCUCCACCGCGUUCAUAGCUCGACACAACAAUCCACAGACGCAUCACAGGAGCCAUACAACAGACAUACCAGCGACAGUCUAUUGAGUGAGACAGCACGUUACGAAACGGUCACCUACAACCCGUCCAUCGACGAAUCAGGGCGUCGUCAAACGCCCCGCCCCACCGACCAAGCGCGAAACCCAAUACACAAAACCCAAUUCCGAUUCCAAUCCCCUCCAACAUCAACCCCUUCUCAAGCCGCCGAGAUGAGUCGCAUCACGCGCGCAAAGGCAGCAGAGGUCGCGGAGAAGAUGCAUAUUGAUGCGGACGCCGUCCUCGAUCUCUCCAGCGAUGCCCGAGAAGGCGCCGGCGGGAUGCUGACGCCGGAGCCUCGAUCAGAUCGCGCUCCUUUGGCUGAAAUUGCUCCCAAUAGCGGCGGAAGUAGUGAAGACACAGGUGAGGCCUUUUCGCUGUUCGUGAAGCCAAUCUCGGGAAAGAAGCACAAGGGCGGGAAAGGUGGGAAGAAGGGUUUUGCGGUUACAACUGUCCAGGCGUCGGAGGAAGAGGCAAUUCCAGAGACCGCAAUGCCUGGCCAGCUCGAUGCAUCAAUGGCAACUGACGAGGCUUUUGCGGGGGGUUUGAUAAAGGGAGUUUCCCCAGAGUACAAGUCGCAAGCUGUGGACUCCUCCCUGGGUUCACAGGACGCUAAUGCAGCCCCUGCGUCGAGUGUGGACAUGUCUCAUGGGUCUCAUCAAGAUAUCAAGCCGACCUCACCCUCAAACGAAGAGUGCUGCAACCCGCGUGAGCUGGAGGAGCCGAGUGGGACUUCUGUCUCGGGCACUGCAGACAAUAUGCCGAACACYAUCCAGAAGAGCGACGUUCCUAUGGUAGCAGCUCCCUCAACUCCACGACAAAAAUCACCAUCCAUCGACAUGGCAGAAGGUACAUAUGACGCACUUGAAGCGGCGGUAAUCCAAGCAGCAACACCUCCAAAAUCAACUAGCGAAUCUGCAUCUCCAACUCAUGACGCCAUCAGCGCUCUGGACGACCUUGAGGAUGCCGUUGAGAAGAUCAAUGAGCAGGUUCCAGAAAUCCAAGCCUCUCCCAUGAAAUCCAAGGCCAAGAAGGAGAAGGCCGUCCCUCUUGUUCGUACGACCAAAGCCAGCCAGGCGCGUAUAUCACUCGCUCAUGGACCACAAGAGGCUGCGAGAGCACCUGCCCUGGGUCGCCCAAGACAGUCGAUCUCUGCUGUGGAUGGGAAGCGUAUCACUUCGAGUUCUAGUGUGAAGUCGAACGGGAUUGCGGAAGAUGCGGAGCCCCCUAUGAAGAAGGAAGUCGUGAUACCGCAUAGCAAGCCCCGACCAGUUUCCAUGUCGUUUCCCGCUCCACGUCUGCCAUCGAAAUCUCUCAAGCCUCUCACCCAAGCCAACUUCACGCUUCCCGGCGAAGCUAUGAGCGCAAAGUUCAAGGCUGCGCGAGAGGCCCGUGCUUUGCAGGAAGCGGAGGAGGCCAAGCGGAGGGUUUUCAAGGCGAGACCGGCUCCGUCAAUGGUGAAGAAGAAUCCUCCAGUUGUGAGGCAAACUAGCACUAGCAAGGCCAGAGAGUCUAUGAUUGGAGGAGCGAAGCCUCUCGUACCAUCCACCACUCAUAGCCGUGCGAAUAGCGUCGCGACUUCGAAACCUGCUACCACGACUUUCAAGCCGAAAGCUGCUGUGCCUGCACCCGCUCCUGUCAAGAAAUCCACCGUCCCUGCCAAAUCAGUCACCGUGCCGAAGCGGGCGUCUACUGCUAUGGACUUGCUGGAUAAUGCUAGCAACGGGACGRUGGCGUCAAGACCGGGUACUGCGGCUGGACGCGCUCCUUCUGUUGCCGGUGGUACUUCCAAAGGCAAAGAGGUAUUCAACCGCGUGGCGAAUGCGAAAGGUGAGGCUGAGAGGGAGAAGAAGGCUAAGGAGGAGGCUGCCAAGGCUGCAAGGGUUGCCGCUGCCGAGCGGAGUCGGGCGAUGAGUCGGGAGUGGGCUGAGAGGCAGAAGGCAAAGAAGGGGGUUGCUGCUUGA